AUGUCUCUCAUGCUUGACACGUCGAUGCCCGUGGACCUCAGCAACGUCGACGACUUGUUUGGCGAGGAUGUCGGGUUGUCACUCCCGGUGCCGGCCGAGGCAAAGACGUCUCAGCAGCGGCUCGAUGAUUUGAGAAGCCGAGGAUGCUGCCAGUCGGUUGCCUGGUCACGGUCCGGAACGGUUGCCACCAUCACCCCGGACGGCCAGACGCUGCAGCUGCGCUUCCUCAGGUGCCAUCCCGACACCGGCGCGUGGGACCUCGGCGAGCCGACGACGUGCGAGCUCAUCAAGGGCACGCCCGUCGUUCCCUUGGUCCACCUAGAAUGGGGUGCCACGAGCAGUCCCGAGCUGGCCGUCAUCGACGCCAUAGGCAGGGUCGCCCUCGUCAGCUUCCCCAUCUGCCUCAACCAUCCCUUCCUCACGAGGAAGUGGGAGGCCGACACGGUCGACGACCUCCACGCCAUCGUCGGCUGCCACUGGCUGGCCGUGGCACCCCCGAACCCUCAGAAACCAUAUCACAUCAUGUACGGUCCGGCAAAGAAGCAGGGCCACAAUUAUCACUACGAGAGCUCCUUUGUCCAAGCAUCCGGACCGAGCCAUCCGCAUGCAUCCAAGAGCGCCCUCUUCUGCGUCACGGUAGGUGGCAUUCUGAAGAUGUACUGGCCGCAGAACAACAACAAGAUGGAAGAAACCACCAUCGAGCUCGAGAGCGUCGAUUCGUCGGAUGACCUCGUCACCCAUGCCGCCCUGGCCUCGGACAAGAAAUUCUUGCUCAUCGCCAUGGCAACAUCGUCGCUGCGGUUGAAGCUCCUCAAGCUCGAGAUUCAGUGGGCGGGACCUGGAAGCUCGUCGGACAAGGCGAUGCCGCCCAACGCUCGCCUGAACCCGGCCCUGGUCGAGACGCACCUUGCCUCCACCAGCUGGCUGCACGGGGGUUCGAAUGACGGCACGGGCGACGGAGGCAUGUCCAUGUCGGAAUUGUCCCAUCUGCAAAUGCUGCCUUCGCUCCUCGACAACACGGGCAAGAGCGUCGCGCCGCCCAUGAUCGUGACGGUGAGGUCGCGGGUCGCCACCAACGGGUCGUACCACACGUCGGAGAGCAUCAUCGAUCGCUGGGAGGUUGUUUCGCAGCCGCAAAAGCUGCCCCCGGCGUUCGAGCAGCUCGCGAGCCGCAAGAACAUGGCGCCAAUCGAGCUGCCGAAUGCCACGAAGCUGCACAAGCAGGACCCCAUCGUCAUCAACAAGGUAGUCAUUGGAUUUCACGUCACGCAUCUCGGAAAGGUUGUCGUGCUCAGCAUGUCGGACGGAUCGGUCGAGUACCGCGAUCGCUUCACCUUUGAGGAGCUGUACCUCGCCGAGAGCCUAGACAGAGUGGCGAACCUGCGACAGGUCGGCUGGGAUUUUGCCAACCUCGGGCCUUGCGAUCAGGUGGCCUUUUCGCCAACGCACUGUUCCAUGAUACAGCUUGGCGACGACGGGCAAGUUCGCUGGAACAAGCUGCAUCAUCCGCUGGGUGACAUUGGAGACUCGAUGCACGACGCCCAUUACGCCGCCAGCAUCGCGGGCCUGGCCAUGACGGGAGCCUCGUCGCUCUGGUCAUCGAGCAACUACGACGACAUUCUCGCCAUCGUGCAGCCGUACAGCGGCAAGAAGCGCUUCACGCAAGACUGGGUCAGCGAACUCAUCCGCAUACAGAAGAUCCAGGUGGACUACUCGGAAGAGAUGCAUCACGACUCGCUCAUGAGGAACGCGCCUCUGCAGGCGUGCCUCAGCAUCAUGGCGAGCCUCGGAUUCAAGGGCGAGACGCAGCGGCGAUCCUUCCAGAGCAAGUUUGCCUGGCUGGACCUGAACAUCAGGAACGUCGUGAUCCUCAUCACGCUCGCGAGCAACACGCCGAUGACGGUUCGGGACAAGAUGAGCCCUCUGGAUGAACACGAGGUGGUGGACGCCUUGACGGGCUGCGCCAAGUGGUCCCUCGAUCUGCUGUCGUGGCUGGCCGACAGCCUCUUCGAGCUCAUGAAGGACGAAAACUUCACCCAACGACUAUGCCCCCAGCGGUUCGGCGAGAUGACGACGUACCUGCACGAGCGAAACGACGUGUCGCUUCACCUGCUCCUCUGCUCGUCGAGCCGGAGCUUCCUCUCGGCCGCCUGCCGCAGGGUGGCGCACCUCGAGGCGCUGAGCAACAAGGCCAUUGAGUUUUACCGGCGACAGUCGGCGGUGCCGGAGCAGGCGGGGAGCGCCAAGGUGGCGAACCCGCAGCUGCGGCAGGCGUACGAGCGGAUGCAGCAGGUGACGACGUCGAGCAUCGUCGGCGUGGCGGACUUUGAGAAGCUGCUCAACGUGCUCGGGUCCGACAUCAGGCAGGCCUACCAGCAGUUCCUGCCGACCAUGGUGAAGAGCAGCGGCAACGGGCCGCAGGGGAAGCAGCUGGACGUCGCGAUCAAGACGACGCAGAUGCAGUUCGAGAUUGGCAUGCUGCUGGCGAUUUCGCCGCCGCCACCGUUCCUGCCGGUCAUCAAGAAGCUCGUGGGCAAGGACCUCGCCGAAUUCCGGGGCCGCGUGGAUCCGGCGAAGCUCUUCUUCGCCAACCACGACCUCGUCGGCGUCGAGGACAGGAGGCAGCUGGCGGCGAGGAAGGCGAGGGGCGUCUACGUCGACGUCUUCAAGCGGGUCGAGCUGCGGCAGAGCACGACGGGCCUGCGGUGGAGACGGUGCACGAGGUGCGCGGCCGUGAUGGAGGACGUCUUGUCGAACCGACCGGGCUUUACCUUUGUCCUGGGGCAGCAGCGGAAGUGCUCCUGCGGCGGGUACUGGGCUCUCCUGCCCAAGGGGGUGCUCGUGCCGUGA